UUGUGAGUUGUGCAGUCAUGAGCUCAGUUCUCCACCUCUGUCUUCUCUUUGCUCCAUAUAUCUGUUCUGCUCAGUGGUGCUAUCAGAGUCAGUACUCAUGUGAGGAUAAAUGCCAAGGGCCUAAUCAGUGGGUCAGGGAUUUUCCAGAGUGUGGAGGGCAGAUUCAGUCACCUGUUAACAUUGUUACACGCAAGGUCCAAUAUGACCCCAGUCUGACUGCCAUCAUCUUUGAGAAUUACACAGAAGUAAUGAACAUCACUGUGGUAAACAUCGGAUAUGCUGCUGUCUUUUUUCUCCCGCCGUCUAUGCGGAUCCGUGGCGGAGGGCUUCCUGACACCUACAAGGCUGUUCAGUUUCACCUGCACUGGGGGUCAGACUGUGGGCCAGGCUCAGAGCACACUGUGGAUGGAGAGCAGUACCCAAUGGAGGUCCAUAUUGUUCAUAUAAAACAGCAGUACAACACUCUGAGUGAAGCCAUGAAUGACCCAGUGGGGGUAGCAGCUCUUGGCUUCUUCUUUGAGGUGUCUCCCCAUGAAAAUCGGCAAUUCUAUAAAGUGAUUGAGGCUUUAGGAAGAAUUCAGUACAAUGGGAACAGCAGUGUGAUGACUGGAUUCCAGCUGACUGACAUGUUGACAUCAUUGGAGAACUUUUCCAGUUAUUACCGUUACGAAGGAUCUUUGACCAUACCAGGCUGUAAUGAGGCCAUCAUCUGGACCGUCUUCCAACAGUCCAUUCCCAUCAGCCAACAACAGCUGGCACUGGUAACCCAACAGAUGUUAUUCUCAACUGGGAAGCCCAUGAUUGACAUCUUCCGUCCGGUGCAGAAUCUAAACGGCCGCAUUAUAUACACAUCCAUGGCAUGUCCUUGUGUAUUUUCAAGUCCAGUCACUCUGGUACUGUGCCUCCUCUAUAUUUUCGAACUAGUAUGAACACAGAGUUACAUAAUGUAUUAUGUUUACAAAAGGCAAUGGCCUGGGUAGUAAUUUGCAAAAAAAUGUUCUCAGCACAUGAAGUUGAUAGUUUAUUGACUUCUUGUUAAUAUGCAGCACUAUCUGACAUAGUCCUUUUUGUACUUUGUACCAGAUUCUCUAUUAACUCAUUAGUUUACAGUUUCCUGUAAAAAAUACUCAAAAAUGUGCUUAACACUGUCAUGUGUUAACACUAGGCAGUCAAGAAGAAUAUGGUGACCAUCCAAAGAAAAAUAUGCAUCUCAAUUUUUUCUCUGUUUUCGUUUUUUUGAGCAUGGCAGCUGUCCCUCACAUUGUGUGAAAAUUUCAUGAUGAAUGGAAUUCUCCAAAAUCACUUUAAAUAAAACAUCUUUACAUUAAGUUACUUUGAAAGUAAAGAACACAUUUCUUUUCUCCUGUAAAGUUUUUAUUUUAGAGGCACUUGCUUUGGGCAGCAACAAUAUGUAACAUAUAUCCCAUCUCUUUUUAUGUUUACAAUACUGCAAGUUUGCUUAAAAAAAUAAAGGUUUCUCUUUUGGUGUUUGAAUUCAUGUUUUCUUAUUUCUCAUUUUAAUUACUCCAUUUUGGGCAGUGAAUCUGAGAGCUUUUGG